ACCGUCAAUACGUUCUUUAGAAUUGAUUGGAAGAUCAUCGUCUCACCUUUGUUCCUCUUCGACACUCUGUCGGUUUCCCUUCACAACUACGUCCUAUCAAAUUUCGUUCUUCUCUACCUGGACGUGACAAUCGAGUGUGGCAUAGAGGCAAGCUUCGCGGCUUACCUUCUCCUAGCAUUCAAUCUUAGCGUCGUUCUGAGUUCUCUGGCAAUUGGUUUUGUCACAGACCGGCGCAUGUUGUCUAUGAACUUGACGAUGAUUUUGGGCUUCUGUGGCAACGCGGCAUCCUGCGAAGGUCUUGUCUGGUCCCGAUCUGGAGGUCAGCUCCUGGCUUGUGCCGUCGUUCAGGGCCUGAGCUGCGGCGCGAUGGUACCCCUGGUGUGCCCCGUUCUCAUCAGGGACUUCGGCAGCGAGUGUUUUCCCCUGGUGAUCGGCGGAUGUUACACGGUGAUGGGAGUCGUGUUGCUCGCAAGACCGUCACUCAUAGGCUACUUCAAGGACGUUCUGGGAUCGUAUGCUGGCAUUCAGCACACCUUUGCCUCACUGAACGCAUUUCUGGCAAUCCUUUGGAUGAUUAGGCUCCUGCGGCCAAAGUGUACCAAUUGCUCGUAAACAUCGCCCGCCACUCACAGAGCGGUGAAAACGAAACUG